AUGUCGCUCGUCUCCGGGGAGAAGUCGAACUUCCAGUUCAUUCUCCGUCUUCUGAACACCAACGUUCGUGGUCAGGAAAAGGUCAUGUACGCGCUCACCAAGAUUGGUGGUGUCGGUCGUCGUUACUCCAACAUUGUGUGCAAGAAGGCCGAUGUCGACCUGAACAAGCGCGCCGGUGAGCUCACCUCCGAAGAGCUUGAGCGUAUCGUCACCAUUAUCCAGAACCCCACCCAGUACAAGAUUCCCUCUUGGUUCCUCAACAGACAGCGCGACAUCGUCGACGGCAAGGACAGCCAGAUCCUCGCCAACGGCGUCGCCUCCAAGCUCCGCGACGAUCUCGAGCGCCUCAAGAAGAUCCGCGCCCACCGCGGUCUCCGUCACUACUGGGGUCUCCGCGUCCGCGGUCAGCACACCAAGACCACCGGCCGCCGCGGCCGUACGGUCGGUGUGUCCAAGAAGAAGGGUGGUUAA